AUGGAAGCGCUGCGCGGAGAGUCCGGGGCAGGCGGCGGGGGCUGCUUGCAGGGUCGAAACUUUCUCUCCCCUCCCAUCUUCGGGUCGUCGCCGCCAGGUUCGACGAGAUCGGGCUUCGUCUACGAGCGCUCGGGCCCGGGGACCGUGGCGCGCUCCACGCCAUCCUCUUCCUCUGAGACGCCGUCCUCGUCUAAGGACUGCACCGCCGGACUUCCUAUUGCGGCGGCGGCGGCGGCGGCACCACCCUCGGCCACAACGGCCGCCGCCGCCCUAGGCUACCCUCCAGGUUACCCCCCCUUUGGUCACGGUUACUACAGCUGCCGCAUGGCGCACGGCGUGGGGCUCCAGCAGAACGCCGCGCUGAAAGCGGCCCCGCACACCGCCUUCCCCGUGGAGAAGUACAUGGACGUGGCCGGCCUGGGGGGUGCCACCACAACCUCGGGCGUCGGCAGCGACGCUUCCUCACGGGCCAAGGAAGUCUCUUUCUACCAGAGCUAUGCGGCCACCGCCGGCCCUUACCAGCACGUGACCCCCAGCUACCUGGACAUGGUCUCCAGCUUUGGACCGGCGGCCCCUUCGGGGGAGCCCCGGCACGAGACCUACAUCUCCAUGGAGGGCUACCAAUCCUGGACUUUGGCUAACAGCUGGAACGGACAGGUGUACUGCUCCAAGGACCAGGCCCCGGGCUCCCACUUCUGGAAGUCUUCCUUCCCAGGCGAAGUUGCACUAAACCAGCCUGACCUGUGCGUGUACCGCCGUGGGCGGAAGAAGCGGGUGCCUUACACCAAGCUGCAGCUAAAGGAGCUGGAGAGCGAAUACGCCCUGAACAAAUUCAUUAACAAGGACAAGCGGAGGCGGAUUUCUGCAGCCACCAACCUCUCCGAAAGGCAGGUCACCAUCUGGUUCCAGAACCGCCGAGUCAAAGACAAGAAAAUCGUCUCCAAACUGAAGGACACCGUCACUUGA